AUGAAGACAGCUUUAUCAAAGUUGGCAAAAAUAUUCACGAUCACUUCAAAGCGAUAUUUUCGUGCACAUAACAAUUUACAUAGUGAAGAAGAUAAAGCGAAAAUUGACGACAAAGAUAACCCCUUUCGUCUUAAGCCUAUCGAAUAUGAAAGCCAUACCUUGAGGAAACAUGACAAUUUAAAGAGGCAACGACUUUAUGAAUUCGGGCUAUAUGUCGCAGCAUGCAUGCCAAAAUAUGUACAAAAGAUCCAAAUGCAGCACACUGACGAGCUCGAAAUUUUGAUUGCCCCUGAAGGCUUUCAUCCCGUUCUGACAUUCAUGGCUUAUCACCAACAUGCCUGCUUUAAUCAAUGCUCUUUGGCAACUGCGGUCGAUGUACCGUGCAGAGAAUACAGAUUCGAAGUUGUAUAUAAUCUCCUUAGCUUACGAUACGGUGAACGAGCUAGGGUAAAAACUUAUACGGAUGAACUCACGCCUCUGCAUUCAGCGGCUAGCUUAUGGGGUAACUGCAACUGGCUAGAGAGAGAAAUAUAUGAUAUGUUUGGGAUUGUUUUUACCAAUCACCCAGAUUUAAGAAGGAUAUUAACGGACUACGGAUUUCAAGGUCACCCGCUCAGGAAAGAUUUUCCGCUUACUGGUUAUAUUGAAGUUAGAUAUGACGAUGCACUUAAAAAGAUAGUAUACGAACCGGUAGAAUAUGCUCAAGAGGUGCGUAGCUAUCAACUGGAUUCGCCUUGGAAUCACUUACGCAAUUUUCGUGAUGGAGAUAAUUGCCUCGAGCCAGAAAAAAAGACGUAA